GUGGAGAGAUUGGCCCAGUAUGAACAGUUUUUGUCACAACUUGCAGCUAAGACUGAAGAACCUCACCCUGAUUACGGUGAACGAACGAGAGCAGCUGAAAAAGUUAAAAACAUGAUGAAAAGGGGAGAGCAAAGUGUGGAAGAAUUCGAUUUGGAGAAGAUUCAAGACCUCUUCCCGAACGACAAUUUGAAUUUGUACGAAGAUGAUCCGUUCUUUCCGCGAAAACGAGUACUGAGGACGAGAUCAGCAGCAGCAUCCAAACUUCAACGUGCGCUUUCUGGAAAAUCAAAAGGAAGUCUAAAUGAAAUAAAACCUAGUCCUAAAAGAUCCAAUGGAAUAUUCAGGAAUAAUACCUGGAAUCGAACUUUUAUCAUGGAAGGACCUGUUCAUUUCACCAUGGGGGUCCAACAUCAAGAGAGACACCUGUUUCUAUUCAAUGACAUAUUGUUGAUAGCUAAGUUAAGGUCUUCUAAUUCAUACAAACUGAAAGAAAAAAUACUUGUGUGCGAGCUGUGGCUGUCAACUUGUUUAGCCGAGGUUUGUGAAUCGUCGCGAUCUUCAGAAACAUCAUUCGUGUUGGGUUGGCCAACUACCAACGUCGUAGCAACGUUCAGUUCUUCUCAAACGAAAGAAGUAUGGCAUACCAAGUUGGCACAACUUGUAAACGAGGCGAAAGAAAAAGAAGAAAAGACAGUCACCACACUCCAAGUAUCUUACUGGGAUCAAGAAGCAAACGAAGAAUUUUUCAAGACUAUUAAAGUGACAAAUACACAAACAGCCAACGACUGUAUACGAAUGAUUAACCAAGAGUUUGGAGAAGAAAUGGUCAGUUUGAAAGACUCUCAACUAUGGGUGAAAACUGGGAAGGAUGAAGCACCCUAUCCACUAAUUGGACACGAAUAUCCAUUUGCAAUCAAGAUGAAUUUCGUGAGGGACUUGCUUCAGCGCUCAACCCUUGACCUUCAAAAUUUCAAUAACGUCAGUUCGGACACAAAAUGUUUAUUUAUCCUACGAGGUUCAUCAGCUCAUAAAGUCACAGCUCUAACAGAUGUUUCCAAAAAGAGAAAAAGACAAAGAAAGCCUACUAUUAUUGGCUGGGCAUUCAAGAAACAAACAAACAAACCAGACAGCCAGAAUAUUGAGAGUAAUGUUUCCCCAUCUUGCUCAAUUUUCGAUAAGCCACUCUCAACACUGUGUGAGAAUGGAAGUCUACCAAAGCCUGUAUUGGCCAUUCUAGCUCAACUUUUCCACCGAGGACCGUUUACCGUUGGAAUUUUCCGGCAGUCAGCUAAUAUUCGAUCUUGUCGAGAGUUAAGAAAGAAAUUAGAAAUAAACCCAGAUCUGGAGCUGAAAGACUAUUCCGUCGUUGUGCUGGCAGCUGUAUUUCGAGAAUUUCUCAGGUCACUUCCCGACUGCUUGCUGUUGUCUGAUAUAUAUAAUGAAUGGCUUGACGCGUCAAGAUGUGAAAACGAAUGGGAUUUAAGAGAGAAAAUCACACUUACUGUCUCAGAAAAUUUGCCAAAGAUUAUAGCCUACUUAAUAGACCAUUGUCCGACUCUGUUUGGAGAAGAUUCUCUACAUUUGUUUGAUAGUUACGUCGACAAGGACGUUUCAAGACAAGAUUCUGGUGCAGAGGAGUCGGACAGUCUCCACAGUGUUCAGGGGAUCCGAGGAUACAGACAAGAUGAUUCUUCUAUUGACAGUCUGGACAGAGAUUUGGAUGGCAGUGAGCCUAGUCCCAAACUACCUAAUAAAAAUAAAACGUCACUUACCAACCUGAGUCGGGACUCUGGCCUAACUCUGAGUGACACGCAAUUAUACACCCCCGAAGAAGAGGCAGACAGUCAGUUGUCUAAUUCAGGGGAGUCCUAUCGUAGUGGGGUGAGCCAUCUUCUAACCAAAAGCACGCCACAUCUGGAUUCACUAGGAUUGGAUAAUGGUCAUACAUGUGGUAAAAACGUAGGCAUAAGCAUUGAUGGCUCCUGCAAUGACGUCAUGAGGAAACGUCGUUUAGGAUUGGAGUGUUCACGCUCUCGUGCAAUGAACAAUGGUACUGGUAAUCAUUUUAAAAGUGUAAGUCAAGUGAAGUCACACCAACCUCUGCAAUACUCCAAAUCCUACACUUACAGUGGCCAAGAUGUCCCAGUAUUUGACUCUGUGAAUGGCAAUUUUAGCAAUAUAGUAAAACGCAGAGAAAAAAGAGGGCGCUCCGGACAAUUUGUACCAAUGUCAGCUGUUCAGAUAGCAGAUUUUGAUACUAAAUCCUCUUUACGUCGUAGUGCUUCAGAAGAGAGCUUAGCACAGGUCUUCACAAAUCAAUCCCCAACCAAACGGCCAGCCAAUCACCGUAAAGGUCCAGCCCCGUCUCCUCCAUCCACACAAACUCUGAAAAUUGGAGAUAGUAGUGUCGAUAAUACUCUUACCUCAUUGCCUUUAAAAACUGACCUCUCUGCUUGGUCUCCUCGCCAAACAAAAAAGAACUUAGACUGGAAACGUAGUCAGUCUACUUCGAAAAUAGAUGAAAUAGACCAUUCACAUGAUUCUAGUACAUUGUCGUUAGUGUCCAGUGAUGACAGCACACCCCACGUGUCACGAAGUAACUCAAGGGUACAAGAGAUGAUGAUCUGCAAGAAAAACAUUGUUUGUAUAUCCCAGCAGAAGUCAAACCGCGUCAGUAGUGUUUGUAGCUCUUCAUCAGAGACAAGUCAACAGACUCAGGUUUCCCAGGGUUCUAACAAGUCACAGAGUUCUUUGGGAUCGCAAGGGUCUCAUGUAUCUAGCACUUCUCAGAGAUCACAAGUGUCUCACAGGUCGUCAAGGUCACAGAGCUCAGAGGGCUCAAACCAUAACGAAAUGUAUAUAUCGUCGAACAAGCCCACCGAGCCACCAACUUAUAGGGAAGCCAUUACCAGGAAAACUCAUCUACGGACACAGGUAACUGAACAAAAAACUCUUAGUGCCAGGGCUAGGAAGUUGUAUGAAGAAUCUGUGCGUAUUUACAAUGAGCAAGUUGAGACAGUUGGCGAAACUCAUUACGCUGUGCCAGUAAAAGUAGAUAGUGGCGAUGAAGCACUGUUAGAACCACCUCCACUACCACCCAAACCCUUACACAGAACUCCCAGCGAAGGCGCUGCCCUCCGAUUACGCCACUUGCCUCCUGUUCAUGUGAACGAGAGUCAGAUUUCCAGCCACAGUCGCCGACCCAGGCAGUCAGGGUCACGUGUAGAUCCACCUGAAGAGUGGCGAAAUGAAAUUAACUGGAGUGUGGCCCAGUUGCGGGAACUCUUCAACUCUCAGGCUUUUCAGGAAACAUGUUCUGAAAGGGUAACUUCACAAGACCAACGCCAACCUCCUCCGUAUCGCCCACCGCCUUACGUGUCUAAAAUAAAUGAUGAAGGUUGUGUGACUGUGGUAAGAGUUGGAAGUAAUAGUAAGGGCCAAGAUUCCGUUAUUACUGUUCAUAAACGAUCAGACUCAGUAAGCACGUGCAGUAGUAGCACAGGUGGUGAGGAGUCCUACGUUUAAUUAACGUAAAACUCGUUCUUUGUACAAAAUGUGUACUAUAUAGAGAUUUCCUGUCUCGAUUUAAAUGGUCAGAUCGGUAACAUCGUACUAUAGUAUCCCAUAAUGGCAUUUAAACCUACCAGCUUAUCAUAUUUAGAUAAGCUGUAUGUAAUAAAAACACCUUUUCUUCCUUUUAUUUCGCACAUAGGUAAUAAUCGCGAUGUGAAACGUUAUCGUCUUAAUAAUAAGUGCAUUAUUUCAGUACAAGUUUGUAAUUAUUGCUCGGGUUCUUUUCUAAAUGUUUUAAUAAACAAUAGUAACUAU